UAUGUACACGCCAAGUACGUUACUUGAAAUGUAUGUUGAAAUCAUGUGUAUGUUAGGCGCAUAAAUUGGAUGAUUAUUCGAUAGUAAUCUAAUUAUUCGACUAGUAAAUCGUGGAUACGAUUGCGAAUUUCAUAUGAUACGCGUGAUCCGGCGCAAUCCGGCAAGUUUUCAAGAAAAAGGAAUCGCGACGAGUGUCGACCAAUGAAAGGAAAAGAAAAACAGCUUCCGCUACUUUCGAACGUCUCGCUCUAAACCAGUCCAAACCUGCCGAGAGUUUCAUGAAGUUAUGGGGGCAAUACUGUAUUUAUAUAUACGUGUAAACUCGUAGAGUUGUUUCUCUUCACCAGUGCGGUAUUUACCGGCACGUGCAAUGCAUGGAUUGGCUGUUGAUGUUACUUGAUUCUUCUCCGUUAACAUAAUUUCUAUUGCAAAUUUGAAGAUGUGGUCAAGUACAAUAUUUUAUCUGCUGCUUUUGUGUACGACACAACUUGAUGCGGAUAAAAGGGUUAAUAAAUAUGUGACCACCUUAAUAGAUGCGAAAUGGAAAGAAACACCUUUGAUGCUCGAAGCAGCAGAGUAUCUAAACGAUGAAAAUCCAAAUUAUUUUUGGAAGUUUAUAGAUACUUUUGCCAAAAAUGAUUUCAGGAAUGUCACGGAGAAAGAGAAUUAUAAUUCUAUUGUUGAGUUUGCUGAAAAAUAUUUAUCGUCUUCAGAAAUAGCAUUACUUAAAUUAGGAUUGUCUUUACGCAUUUAUUCUGCACGUGUGGAGAUGUUUACCCAAAUGGCUGAAAAUAAGAAUAUUUCCAAGUUUGGAUGUUAUAACGUGGUAGAUAUUGGUGGAAAAUUUACAUGUUCUGCAGAAGAAUUAGAUGAAUUAGUUAAUCGGGAGACUUGGUUGAAUCCUGAUACUUACAGCGUGGAUCAUCGCUAUCGUACAUCUCAACAGUCUGAUAAAGUUGUUAUAUUAUACAGUCAAGUUGGGGCCCCAAAUUUUUCAGUUUUUCAUGAAAAGUUAAAAGAUCUUGCAGAAAGUAAAGGAUUCACUUAUAUUUUGCGACACUAUUUAAAGGACAGAGCAGAACAGAAUGUACGUUUAUCGGGAUACGGUGUAGAGUUGCAAAUGAAAUCGACAGAAUACAAAGCUACAGACGAUUCGGAUAUAAAGGAUAAUGCCGACAAAGAUUCUGAAACUUCCAGCGAUAGCAUGGAAGAAAUAGAUGGAAUAAACUUUAUGACUUUAAAAAAUCUGUAUCCUGAUAAGCAAGAGGAAUUAGAUAAAUUGCAAACUCAUUUAUUGGAAACUAGUCAUGAAAUCGGUGCUUUAAAAGUAUGGCAGUUCCAAGAGUUGAGUCACCAGGCUGCCGAAAGGAUAAUGAAUUCUCCUACAAGCGAGGCUAUUAACGUUCUGACCGAUAUUUCACAAAAUUUCCCUAUGCAAGCAAAAUCGUUGAUUAGAACAAAGGUGAACGGUGAAAUGAAAAAGGAAAUGAAACUCAAUCAAGCAAUUUUUUCUUCAAACUUGAACAUUCAACCCACGGACACUGCACUUUUCGUGAAUGGAUUAUUUUUUGAUUUAGAAGCUGUAGAUGUGCUCAGUCUUUUGGAAUCGCUGAGAAGCGAACUCAGAGUAAUGGAAUCUCUUCGUAAGAUCGGAUUCAGCAAUACAAAGAUGAGCAAACUGCUAUCGUUGGAUUUAUCCAUGAAUAUGGACAAACAAGAUUUUGCAAUGGACAUAAGGGAUUCGGCUAUAAUUUGGAUAAACGAUAUCGAGCAAGAUUCAACUUAUUCAAGGUGGUCAGCGUCGCUAACGGAAUUAUUGAGGCCAACCUUUCCUGGGAUGCUUCGAAAUAUUAGAAGAAAUUUGUACAAUUUGGUGUUGAUCAUCGAUCCAUUAAGCGCCGAAUCUACUCCUCUAAUAGCUUUAGCGCAAUCCUUGCAUCUCCAUGCCGCACCGUUACGCGUGGGUUUUGUAUUUGUAACGAAUUACGACGCGACAGUCACUGGUUUAAUGGAUGCUAGCGUCGCGGUGAACAACGCGUACCAUUACUUUGCAGAGAUGAAAGGAUCGGAACAGGCUCUCCAGUUUCUAGUAGACCUGGGAAAUUACAUUGGGCCUGAUGGAGCAGACCUAGACGACGUAAAGAAAGCUAUAAGAGCGCAGGACUCGUCGGCCGAUAUCAAUUAUAUUCUCGGCGAGGAGUCCGAGUACGACAUAGGACGACACUUGGCUGGCGAUUUCGUGAAACGAUCCGGCUUUAAGAAAUUUCCACAAGCUCUGAUGAACGGAGUACCUUUAUCCUCGGACCAAUUGAACGCCGAUUCGUUCGAGGAGGCUGUCCUCUCUACCAUCAUAUCGCAAACACCCGCGUUACAGAAAGCGGUGUAUCGGGGCGAGAUAACCGAAGGGGACGAUGUCGUCGAUUACAUGAUGAAUCAGCCGAAUGUCAUGCCGCGUUUAAACGAACGAAUAUUGAAAGCGGAAAAGCACACGUGGCUGAACUUGAUCGGCACCGUACCCAAAGAUGAGGAUUACUCCAAGUGGAGUCCCGAGGACUUUUCGACGUGGUUGAUGAACAAAUCGCAUUAUCUUUACGUGCCGCGACGCACGAAUAUACAUCAUUUGUAUACCUUUUGGGUGGUAACGGACUUGAACAGUUCAGCCGGCAGACUGUUGCUACGCGAGGCUCUCGAUUACAUAGAAUCAAACGCCGAUGUUAGAAUCACCGUAAUCGUUAAUCCUAUGACCGAUGCGAAUAACCUGGACGACACGGUCGAUAUUAAUAAAAUAGCAUUAGCCGCUUUAAAUAGUUUAUCCACAGAGAAGGCUAGGCAUUUCAUUCGUAAAGUGAUCGAAGAAGAUGCGGCUAAGGUUAUCACCGCCGGAAAUUUUAAUAUAGAGGAAGAAGCUGUGACGGAACAAUUGAGAAAGCAAAUCGAUGAAUUUCCUAUGUACCAACGCUAUGUUAAAACUGUAUUGAACAUAGAAAAAGGAGCUCGAGGAAUUGUGUGCAACGGAAGACUAAUCGGGCCAUUCGACGACAACGAGGAAUUUUCGAACGAAGACUUCUCGCUGUUGGAAAGGUUUAGCCAGACCAGUUACGGUGAUAAAUUAUUUAAAAAGUUAAUAAAAGAACAAUUACUGGAGGACGACGAAUAUGAAAAGAACGAAAUCACGGACGAUAUGAUCAUGAAAAUCACAUCGUUGUUGGUAUCGCAUCCUCAGACGCGAAGUCGAUUCGACGUUCCCUUUCACGGCGAUGAUCACAGCUCCAUUAAGAUUCAAGCGGCGAACCCAGAGCAAGCGGCAUUCUCUUUAGUCGCGAUCGUGGAUCCGGUGUCUCGCGGUGCUCAAAAAUUGGGCCCUAUUUUGAAAACGUUGCAACAGUCUCUCAACUGCAACGUUAAAGUCUUUCUGAACUGCCUGGAUAAGAACAGCGACAUGCCAUUGAAAAGUUUCUAUCGGUUCGUGUUCGAGCCGCAUUUACAAUUUUCCGCCGAUGGUCAUAUCAACGGAGCAAUGGCAAAGUUUACGAAACUACCGACUUCCUCUCUGUUGACGCAGUACAUCCAUGCGCCUGAAAAUUGGUUGGUGGAAGUAGUCAGGAGCGUUUACGAUCUGGAUAAUAUCAAAUUGGAUAACGUCGCGAUGGGAGUGCACAGCGAAUUCGAAUUGGAACAUUUGUUGCUCGAAGGGCAUUGCUUCGAGGCGGUAAUGGGAAAUCCGCCUCGCGGAUUGCAGUUUACGUUAGGAACGGAAAGACAACCGUUGAUGGUGGACACGAUAGUUAUGGCGAACCUGGGCUAUUUUCAACUGAAAGCUAAUCCGGGCGAAUGGAUACUUCGGCUUCGGCAAGGACGAUCGUCGGAAAUAUACGAUUUCGCCACUGUUGGCGGUCAAGACGUCAUACAGAAGGAUAAUAACGUUAGAGUGGUUAUAAGUUCGUUGAGGAGUCACGUACUGAAAGUGAAGGUAUCGAAAAAGCCGGACAAGGUUGGAAUGGAUCUCUUGUCCGAGGACGACAAAAAUUCCGGAUUAUGGAAUUCGAUUUCGAGGACGUUCACGACAACGGACGACAGCGAGGACCAAGAUGAGAAGCUGAACAUCUUUUCGCUGGCGUCGGGUCAUUUGUACGAAAGAUUUCUGAAAAUUAUGAUGCUGAGCGUUAUAAAGCACACGAAAACUCCCGUGAAAUUUUGGUUCCUAAAGAAUUAUCUUUCCCCGACGUUAAAGGAUUUCUUGCCGUACAUGGCAAACGAGUACGGGUUCGAGUACGAGCUCGUUCAGUACAAGUGGCCCCGUUGGCUCCAUCAACAAACCGAGAAGCAGAGAACGAUAUGGGGAUACAAAAUACUCUUUCUGGAUGUACUGUUUCCCCUAAAUGUGAAGAAAAUCAUAUUCGUGGACGCCGAUCAGGUGGUGCGAGCAGAUUUGAAAGAACUCGCCACGAUGGAUCUGGGAGGGGCGCCGUACGCGUACACUCCGUUCUGCGACAGUAGGCGAGAAAUGGACGGAUUCAGGUUCUGGAAGCAAGGCUAUUGGCGAAAUCACUUGCAGGGUCGCUCCUAUCACAUCAGCGCGUUGUACGUGGUGGACUUGAAAAGAUUUCGACGCAUCGCGGCCGGUGACAGACUGAGGGGACAGUAUCAAGCGUUGAGUCAAGAUCCCAAUAGUUUGGCGAAUCUCGAUCAAGAUCUUCCCAAUAACAUGAUCCAUCAAGUGGCCAUAAAGACGUUACCGCAGGAGUGGUUGUGGUGCGAAACUUGGUGCGACGACGCGUCCAAGAGAUACGCGAAGACUAUCGAUUUGUGUAACAAUCCGAUGACAAAGGAGGCCAAGUUGCAAGCCGCGGUGCGUAUUUUACCGGAAUGGGUCGGCUACGACGAGGAGAUAAAAGCUUUGCAACAGAAAGUGGAAAACCAAAACAGACAAACGGAGAAGGAAGAAGAGCACGAGAUUUUCGCGGAAGAAGCUACGACGGAUUCGAGAAAGCACCAAGAGCUGUGAACGACGAUAUGGCCGCACCAAUCGUGAAUAUCGCUAUUGCCGAGAGCAACGAGGUAACUGCACGUUAUUAAGCGAAUUUAUCGGCAUUGGGAAGCGCUCGGUGUUCGCGACCAACGACAUUCCAAUGGUUGCUGUUCCACGCGACGCCACCGCGUUCGAAGCGAAUUCGGUGCGCGAUCGGCGUGCAACCGUGGAAAAGUUUCUUCCACGCUACAGGUGGUUAGUCGCGAUUGAUCUCGGUCGAUCCGGGUUGGUCGUGGACACGAGGAUAACGCAGCAGGACCGUCAAAGAAUAGAUUACGAUUGUGAUUUUGUAUCGUCUACUGCAUAGCUGUAAAAAAUAAACAUGUAACGUUUUUAA